UUGAUUCCUGGUGUGUUUUUCUUUGCAGACUGCUGUAUGGCUUUUCAAUUUUAGUUGAAAUUCCCUCCAUGGCCUUUUGGAGCCCUUUGGUGUGUCUCCAGAGUAAAUUUCUAUUACUCUACAUUUCAUCAAUGUUGGAGUGGCAAGAGAAAGGAGGAACUGAUUUGGGGUGAAAAGCCAGUGUUGCCAUUGAUACUCGUUACUUGAUUGUUUUUCUAAUGCAUAACGAACUGUAAACUCUGAAAAAAAAAAAAAUAAAAAAUAAAAAACAAGGAUGGGUGAAAAGAAACCAGAACCUUUGGACUUUGUGAAGGAUUUCCAGGAGUACCUGACUCAGCAGACGCAUCACGUGAACAUGAUUUCCGGAUCAGUUAGUGGGGACAAAGAAGCAGAGGCUCUUCAGGGAGCUGGAACAGAUGGUGAUCAAAAUGGACUUGAUCACCCAUCUGUUGAAGUUUCCCUGGAUGAAAACUCAGGAAUGUUAGUAGACGGGUUUGAAAGGACCUUUGAUGGGAAGCUCAAGUGUCGAUACUGCAACUAUGCCAGCAAAGGAACCGCCCGGCUCAUUGAACACAUUAGAAUCCACACAGGUGAGAAACCUCAUAGAUGUCACUUAUGUCCAUUUGCAUCUGCUUAUGAGCGUCAUCUGGAAGCCCAUAUGCGUUCCCAUACAGGAGAAAAACCAUACAAAUGUGAACUGUGUUCCUUCCGCUGCAGUGACCGAAGUAACCUGUCCCACCAUCGAAGGCGCAAGCAUAAAAUGGUACCAAUUAAAGGUACUAGGUCUUCCUUAAGCAGCAAGAAAAUGUGGGGGGUUUUGCAGAAAAAAACCAGCAAUCUGGGCUACAGCAGAAGAGCGCUGAUCAACCUCAGCCCGCCUUCCAUGGUGGUUCAGAAGCCAGACUACCUGAAUGAUUUUACCCAUGAAAUCCCGAACAUCCAGACAGACUCCUAUGAAAGCAUGGCAAAAACCACACCAGCGGGUGGCCUGCCAAGGGACCCCCAGGAACUCAUGGUUGAAAACCCUCUAAACCAGCUCUCAACUCUAGCAGGACAGCUGUCCAGUUUGCCACCUGAAAACCAAAACCCCGCGUCGCCUGAUGUAGUUCCCUGCCCUGAUGAGAAGCCCUUCAUGAUGCAGCAGCCCUCUGCCCAGGCAGUCGUUUCCGCCGUGUCUACGAGUAUUCCUCAGAGCUCCUCUCCCACAAGCCCUGAACCUCGGCCAUCACACAGUCAGAGGAACUAUAGUCCGGUGGCAGGUCCGAGCAGUGAGCCCAGUGCCCACACGAGUACUCCUAGCAUAGGAAACAGCCAGCCAAGCACUCCAGCUCCAACCCUGCCGGUCCAGGACCCGCAGCUUCUGCACCACUGCCAGCACUGUGACAUGUACUUUGCCGACAAUAUCCUUUACACUAUUCAUAUGGGAUGUCAUGGGUAUGAAAAUCCUUUUCAGUGUAACAUAUGUGGAUGCAAAUGUAAAAACAAGUAUGAUUUUGCCUGUCAUUUUGCAAGAGGGCAGCAUAACCAACACUGAUUGAAAACAAUCACAUUUAGCUUUACUUGGUUUUGCCUUUUUGUGUUUUGUAGUUUACCGUUGUUUUUCUGGGGGAGAGGGGUGGGGGACUCAUCUUUAAUAAGGUGUCUGCUAAUUUGAAGUUUAUACAUUGUAGAGUAUAAAUUUGACAGUGGAAACAAAAUUUCUUUUUCCCCAUAAAAACCUGGUCAAGGUCAUUUAUGUAUUAGAACAGUUGGACCCAUUGGUGUCCUUUUUUUCCUUUCAUUUAGACGUUUGAGAAUUGGAGUGCAGUCAUAAUUUUGCAUUUAUGAUCCAUAAAAACUUCCAGACCGAUAGAUACUCUUGGUAUUUCAUAUUUCAGUAUCUACAUUGCAGCUAGAUGUUAUUUUUGCCAUAAUUUCAAAAUGGUAGAAUAAAUUACUUUCUCUUACAAAGAAAUCUGUUACAGCUUAUUUCAGUGUUCAGUAGAAUUGCUUUUAAAAUUGCCCUUAAUGGAAAACUAUUUAGUUAACAUAGCUUAGCUGAAUCAGUAGUUUAAUUUCAACCGAUAACAGUAGAGCAAUUUCAGUAUAGUAAAUCUUUCUUUUUUCCACAAGGGGAAAUGGAGAACAUUUAAUUCUUUUAAAAUUAAAGUUAUAAAAAUAUGAGGUAGAAGUUCUGAAAAGAAACUUAAGACUUUAAAUUGAAAGUGGAAUUUAAAAUACCUGCUUAUUCAAUUUCUAGUUUAAAGACACAUCAGUUUUCUUUUAGAUUCUUUUUAUUAUACUUGUAAUUUAUUUUAAAAACCACAGGUAAAUAUGUGAGAACUCUAGAAAUAUUAGGAUUAUCUAUGAAGAUGCCUUUUUUCUUUUACUUUGAAUCUUUCAUCUGAAUCUUCAUUCUGUGUAACACAUGAGGUUGAUAACUAUGGAGAAUCUUAUUUCUUCUAUUCCUUUGAUGACCAAAGAGGUACAGUGGAAGUCAUCCAUCCUAGUAAAUGUCUUUCCAAAAAAAUCUGAGGCUUCCUUUUCCUGCCUUCUAUCCCAUUUAUUGCCCGUAACUUUCUAGAAAAGAUAGGUAUAGAAAUACAUGGGAAAAGGUGAUGGUGAAGUAGCAUUUACAAAAAUGAGAACAUUAUGUCCAAACGAAUUCUGGUCUCCUCUUCAAAACUGGCUAUUUAAAAUAUUUUCUGUGAAUUCAAGUUGUAAUGCCUGUUUGCAGUUUUACCAGCCUUUCAUGUAUAACAGGAAACUGUAUGGAAACUGAUUGGAUCAUCGCCUUAGUAGAAGAGGAUAAAAAGCGUGAAAACAGAUAUAAAAAUGCAGUUAAACAUGAUAUAUAAUUUGUUUAAAAAAAUCUUGCUAUAUAAAUCUAGAUAAAUAAUUUUGACUAGGAGGCUGUUUUUAUAUUGUGUAAUAACUAGCUUACUCUGAGGACAGCUUGGUCAAACAAUAAAAUAUAUUGUUACUAACUGUUGGUUUCUGUGUACUUUGCAAAAAUUUUGUUUUUUUAAUUUGGUUCAAAUCUUGAAAGUGUUACUAAUUGGCUUUUUAAAAGAGAAUAGUCUAGCCAUUAAGCAUUAACUAAGAAGGACCUCUGCACUUACAGUAAAUGAAAGGGAAAUACUGAUGGUAAAUGUCCACAAAAACCCCCAAGUGCCAAGUUAGUGGAACUUCUGCCCUCCCUUCCAAAUGCUAGAAAGCCAUUAAAAUGAAUUCUUGUGGUUUAAUAUCCAGUCUAAACUGGCCUCCACUGCAUUGUUCAAAGAGCAGCAUCAAGGAGUUUCUCCAAACAACUACAACCCUCUCCUGGUGGGUCUGAGGUUGUGAAUGUAAAGCCUGCAGUCUGUUCUGUUCUGUCGCCUAGAGUGCUUGCUGCUCGGGUUAGUUUUACUGCAGCCAUUCCCAAAUGUGUAAUUUGGUCCAAGUGUAUAUUUAUUGCCAGACAGAAACAGCCUGCUGUCAUUUGGAAGCUUUUGCAGUUAUUUUUUUUCUUUUCUUUUAUUCAAAUAAAAGCAAUACCACAAAAUAGAAAAUGAAAGUUUUCAUUAAACAAAAAGGAAGAACUCUGAUGUUAAAAUCAGUUUAUUAGCUGUAUAUUCUGGGCCAAAUAGUGACAAAGACAUUUUUUCCCAACAACUAAAGAUAGGUAUUUUGAAAGUGCAUUUUAAACAAUUUUGUUUUGUAAUUACAGACUAGAAUGUAUAAUUUUAAAAUUUCUAUGACUUAAAAGAGCACAGUUGGUAUUCCAAAGGUAUCAGUGCUUGAAAGCUACAGUUAAUUUUAAAUGCACUAAAGUUUUUGAAGCAAAUCUACCUUAAAAACUUUUUUAGUGUUCUAUUUUUAAAAAUAUUUAGGAUUUUAUUUAAAUUUUCUGAGUUAAAUUCUGUAUUGGAAAGAUGUUAUCUUCCAUUAAGUAUUGAGUAUGUUUUUCCCAUUUUAUUUUUAAUCAAAUAUUUUAUAGAAAUGAGUUGAUAAAAGUUUAACAUGUACUAUUUAUACUACUUUGCUGUUAACAGGCAAUGUUCUGAAACUAAAUUUAUUUUUGUUCAGUGAACAUAAGUUUAGAUUUUUAAAGUUGGUAGAUAAUUUAUCUCCACUAAUAUUUUUUUAAGAAACUGUGAAGAGAUUAACAGGGAAUAAUUUUAUUUCAGAUUUUACUAAUAUAGUAUGGAGCUACAACUUCUUGAAGUUUAAGUAAAGGCUAGACUUUUACUUUGAAAAAAAUUUCACUGGAUAUAUUCCAGUGCUAUUUCAUUUUAGAAAUAAGUGUUUGCCAUUCAUCUGCAGAAUUGUCUGACAAACGGAGUAUUACUUUAAAAGAAAUGUUCAGAGAUAAACCUCAUUUAAGUUCUACAAAAAUAUUUAUCAAAUGGAUGUACUAUUUUUUAAAAAAUUCCCUGCUAAGGACUUUUCAUUAAAUAGUCUUAGAGGGUAUAUGAUUUCUAGAACUUGUUUUUGUUAAUAUGUACUUUGAUGUAAAGAACAUAUUUUGUAUGUAAAACAUAAAACUUGAGUAUGGUUGCAAAACACACUAUAUUGUUUAGGGAUUCCAGAAAGCAGUUUAAUGCUGAAAUAACUAGUAUGUAGAUCAUAUUGUGAAUGAAGCUUUGCUUUUGUAAUAUGUGAAUAAAAAAUAACUUUCUAA